UAUCAACCUCUGCUUUUCUAGUUCGCGAAAAACCAUUUCAAGCAUACUGAUAAUCCCUAUGCAUAUCCACAGUUUGGAUUCGGUGUGAGAUGCACCAAAGUGAUGCAGAAACUUUUUCGCAGGACGCCCGCUGCCGCCCCAAUUUCAUUCGCCAAUAACACCAUUCCUCUCUCUCUAGGUUUCAGCGGCGCCCCACGGGGAAUUACCAGCAAAAUGUCGUGUCUCGGCCAGCCCACCCCCCCUCACCACCCGAGAAACCCUUAUUCGUCCGCCGCGGUGCGCGGCCUCAAAUUGACGAAAUUGCCCACCUGCAGCUGCUCCACCAAUACGGGGCCGCUGAGGGCGUGGGUGGUACUCAAGGAGAGCAAUAUGUAUAGUGGAUUGGGAGGCGGGUCCCACAGGGCCGCGUGGUUCUCAACCCUAGCCGGUAAAGGCGGCGAAUUCGCGGUUGCCGAUGACAAGUGCUUGCAGAGGAGGAGGAGUGGCGGUGGCGCAGUGGUGGUGGGGAGCCCGGAUUUGCUGACAAUUCCUGGUGUUGGACCUAGGAAUUUGAGGAAGCUGGUGGAGAAAGGGUUUGAGGCAGUGGCUCAGCUCAAGCAGCUCUAUAAAGAUAAGUUUUUUGGUAAAUCUAGUGAGAAAAUGGUGGAGUUCUUACAGAGCUCAGUGGGGAUCAUACACAAGAAUCAUGCUGAGAGCAUAACUAUAUUUAUCAAGGAGAGUGUAGAUGAAGAGCUCAAGGAAAGCAUUAAACCUAGUCAGAAGAAGCGGAUCACUUUAUGUGUAGAAGGAAAUAUCAGUGUGGGAAAGACUACUUUCUUGCAGAGAAUAGCUAAUGAAACCCUCGAGCUUAGAGAUCUUGUGGAGAUUGUUCCUGAACCAGUUGACAAGUGGCAGAAUGUCGGUCCUGACCACUUCAACAUAUUAGAUGCAUUUUAUGCUGAACCAGAGAGAUAUGCGUAUACCUUCCAGAACUAUGUGUUUGUAACAAGAGUUAUGCAGGAGAGAGAAUCAUGUGGCGGUAUGAAGCCCCUGAGACUCAUGGAACGGAGUGUCUUCAGUGAUAGAAUGGUCUUUGUGAGAGCUGUUCAUGAGGCGAAGUGGAUGAAUGAGAUGGAAAUUAGCAUUUACGAUUCAUGGUUUGAUCCUGUUGUUUCAAGUUUGCCUGGACUUAUUCCUGAUGGAUUCAUUUAUCUGAGAGCAAGCCCCGACACUUGCCACAAGCGCAUGAUGCUGCGUAAGAGAGCAGAGGAAGGCGGAGUCUCUUUGGACUACCUGAGGGACUUGCAUGAGAAACACGAAAGCUGGCUUUUCCCAUUUGAGAGUGGGAAUCACGGAGUUCUAUCUGUGAAUCAGCUACCCAGGGAUGAUGAUUGGUCUUUACAUCCCCACAUUAAAGACCGCGUUUUUUAUUUGAAUGGUGAUCAUAUGCACUCAAGCAUCCAAAAGGUUCCUGCUUUGGUUCUCGACUGUGAACCAGACAUCGAUUUUAGCAGAGACAUAGAAGCCAAGCAAGAAUAUGCUUGCCAAGUUGCUGAGUUCUUCAAGUUUGUCAAGAAAAAGAAAGAAGUUUCUGAUUCAGUCGUAGGAGAAGGCACACGGACUAGCAACCAACCUUCGAUGCUGCUGCCCCAUAAUGGAAAUCUGUGGAUGCCGGGGCAGCAGCCAUUCCCAGGCUCAGCCGAUGAAUUUAGGAAAGCUAUGUCGUUUAUGCCUCAAUAAGGCAGGUGGAAAAUUCUCUUAUCCGUUGUCUGACAGAUUUCCGACCACCUAUGUAGAAAGUGAUGGCCAUUUAGUUUAUCCUCGUGUAAAAAGAGUAGAUGUCUUGUAAAUCUGUUAGCUAACAGCUCUAGAGAGAUGUUGAGAGUUGAUUUUGUGAAUUGUAGGUUGCUUUCCUUUUGUGGAAGCUGGCUUCUUGAAUUUGAGAUAAACGUUCUCUCUA